AAGGGGAAAUGAUGCUGGUUACCUUGGGACUGCUCGUCUCCUUCCUUUCUUUCCUGUACACGAUAGCUCCAUCCAUCAGGAAGUUCGUUGCUGGCGGAGUUUGUAGAACAAAUGUGCAGCUUCCCGGGAAGGUGGCAGUGAUCACCGGCGCCAACACGGGAGCCCGAGUGUACAUUGCUUGCCGAGAUGUACUAAAGGGGGAGUCUGCUGCCAGUGAAAUCCGAGCAGAUACAAAGAACUCCCAGGUGCUGGUGCGGAAAUUGGACCUAUCCGACACCAAAUCCAUCCGAGCCUUUGCUGAGGGCUUUCUGGCAGAGGAAAAGCAGCUCCAUAUUCUCAUCAACAAUGCAGGAGUGAUGAUGUGUACAUAUUCUAAGACAGCUGAUGGCUUUGAAACCCACCUGGGAGUCAACCACCUGGGUCACUUCCUUCUCACCCACUUGCUCCUGGAGCGACUAAAGGAGUCUGCUCCUGCACGGGUCGUGAAUCUGUCCUCGGUGCUCCACCAUAUUGGCAAGAUUUGCUUCCACGACCUCCAGAGUGAGAAGCACUACAGCAGGCUGUUUGCCUAUUGCCACAGCAAGCUGGCCAAUGUGCUUUUCACUCGCCAGCUGGCCAAGAGGCUCCAAGGCACGGGGGUCACCACCUACGCAGUGCACCCAGGCAUUGUCACCUCAGAGCUGACCCGGCACUCGUUCCUGCUGUGUCUGCUCUGGCAGCUCUUCUCUCCCUUCAUCAAGUCAGCACGAGAGGGGGCGCAGACCAGCCUGCACUGCGCCCUGGCUGAGGGCUUGGAGCCCCUGAGCGGCAAGUACUUCAGCUUUCUGGAAGCUGUUAAAGAAGACUAUUCAGUGGCGCUGCUGGUGUAG